AUGGAGCAAACAAAACAGUGUUCUACACCUCCUCAACUCCUUAACGGAAAAGUUAAAGAAACAGAGAGAGAAAACUAUGAACACAGUGAAUUGGUGGAAUAUGUGUGUAAUCCUAGAUUCCUGAUGAAGGGUUUUAAUAAAAUUCAGUGUGUUGAUGGACAAUGGACAGACUUGCCGAUUUGUAUUGAGGUGGAGAGUACAUGUGGAGAGAUACCUGAACUUGAAUAUGGGUACGCUAUUGAGACUUCUAAUCCUCCCUAUCACCAUGGAGAUUCAGUGGAGUUCAGUUGCAGAGAAGAAUUCACAAUGAUUGGAAACAGAUCAAUUACAUGUAUAAGUGGACUAUGGACCCAACUUCCUCAGUGCAUUGCAACGAAUGAACUUGAGACGUGUGAAUACAGCUUAACUAUACGUGAGGCAAAUCCAUUACAUAAGACCGAAUUUGAUCAUAAUGAGAACAUAAGUUACAGAUGUAAAGGAAAACUAGAACAGAAACACUCAACGUGCAUUAAUGGAAGAUGGGAUCCUAAACUAAGCUGCACAGAAGUACAAAUGCAGUCAUGCCCACCUCCACCUCAGAUUCCCAAUGCUCAGAGUAUGUCAACGACAAUAAAUUAUCGGGAUGGAGAAAAAGUAUCUGUUGUCUGUCAGGAUGGUUAUAUAACUCAAGAUGAAGACAAAAUCGAAUGCAAAGAUGGAAGAUGGCAGUCGAUACCACACUGUGUUGAAAAAAACCCAUGUCCUCAACCACCUCAGAUAGAACAUGGAACCAUCAAAGCAUCUAAAUUUUCAGAAGAAAUGGAUGCAACAUUGAAACCUGUGGUUUAUGCACAUGGCACCAAAUUAAAUUAUGCUUGUGAGGAUGGUUUCAAGAUAUCUGGAAAAGAUGAGAUAAUGUGCCACAUAGGAAAAUGGAGUUCUCCACCUCGGUGUGUAGGACUUCCUUGUGCGCCACCACAUUUGAUUCCACAUGGGAUUCCAUCUCCUGUAUCAGACAGUUACCAAUAUGGAGAAGAAGUAACAUACAGAUGCACCGAAGGUUUUGGGAUUAACGGACCUGCACUUAUAAAAUGUUUAGGAGGAAAAUGGUCCCAACCACCAGAAUGCAAAAACACGGAUUGUUUCAGCUUACCCGACUUUGGUAAUGCCAUACCCAUAGGCCAGCCGAAGGCAUUCUAUAGGACAGGAGAAAAAGUGACUUAUAAAUGUCCAAGUCAUUACCUUUUGGAUGGACCAAAUACUGUACAGUGUAUUGACAGCCAAUGGAUAGGAAAGCCAAUAUGCAGAGACCCUAGAGAAAAAUGUGGGCCCCCUCCACCCAUUGACAAUGGAGACAUGACCACCUUCCCCAAAUCGGAAUAUGACCCAGGAUCGUCAGUUGAGUACCAGUGCCAGUCCUUGUAUGUGCUUAAGGGAAACAAGAUCAUAACGUGCAGCUAUGGGCAGUGGUCCACACCACCAAAGUGCUUGGAUGUAUGUAUAAUAUCAGAAGAUGUCAUGGAAAGACAUAACAUACAAUUUCGAUGGUCUUCUACGAAAAAAAUGUAUGCCCCAACAGGGGAUUCUGUUGAAUUUCUAUGUAAACCUGGAUAUCAGACAGAACAUCCAUUGCGAGUAACCUGUUGGGAGGGAAAUCUGACCUAUCCUGUUUGUGUUAAAAGCAAUGGUUAGAUACAUUCCUAAAACUAAAACAUGUACAUUUAUUCAGAAUUUUUCAUAAUCCAAUUCUCAUAUUUUUUUGUCAAGUGUUGUUUAACUCAUUUAUAUUCAUAAACCAGAAUUUGUGUUAAAUAUUAUAUGGAUGAUGUAAUUUAAUCUGAGAGAUGAAUAAAUCACAUCUUACAAACUUGGCAAGCCACAA